UCUAAAGAGACCAUUACAAUGAAAAUGCAGCAUAAAGGAGCUGUUUGGUGUAUUGCAUAUGCGUGGAUUUAUAUGCAAUUGUUGGCACUGAUGGCGCUGGUGUCUACUUACUUUCGGCGGUUCAAAAGUUACGUAGAUUUCAUCUCCGUAUCAAAAUAAAUCUAUUUUUGCUGUGUGAAGGUGGAAAAAAGGAUUUUUGUGCCACGACAUUGCCAUAAUCUGGACGAUGCAGUGCAUACGUGACAGGUACCUGUGCCUGCCUGUGCCUCAAAGACGAUGGAAUGAACGAACGAUAUGUAGCAUAUGCACGUAGUCGACACAUAGAAUGGUGGCAUCGCAAAACGACGGCGGCAGAAGUAUGGGCGACGGCGGCGGCGGCGGCGGCGGGGGCGGAGGCGACGAAACGGUUUACACGGUGACCGUGAGCGGGGUCGGUUAUAGAAACGAGGGCUACAAGGACGACGGCACCGAUGGUAUACCGCCGGAGCCGCAGAAACCGCCGCAAUUGCCGGCUGCGGACGACGACACGCAAUCGCGAAAGUUCAAGCUGUCACGCGGCGAGAAAUGGCGCAUCCUGAAAAACAUCGGCACCGUGUCGGUCGCCUUUAUGGUGCAGUUCACCGCGUUCCAGGGCACGGCGAAUCUGCAGUCGUCGAUCAACGCUAGCGACGGCCUCGGCACCGUUUCCCUCUCGGCGAUCUACGCCGCCCUGGUGCUUUCGUGCAUCUUCGUGCCGACUUUUCUCAUCAAGAGGCUCACCGUCAAAUGGACCCUCUGCGUGUCGAUGCUGUGCUACGCGCCGUACAUCGGCGCGCAAUUCUACCCCAAAUUCUACACCCUGGUGCCUGCUGGCGUGCUCCUGGGUCUCGGCGCCGCGCCCAUGUGGGCCGCCAAGGCCACGUAUCUCACGCAGGUCGGCGGCGUUUACGCCAAAAUCACCGACCAGCCGAUCGAUGCCAUCGUCGUACGGUUCUUCGGCUUCUUCUUCCUGGCGUGGCAGACGGCCGAGCUCUGGGGCAAUCUCAUCUCGUCGCUUGUACUGAGUGACAGUGGCAGUAGCAGCGACGGCAACAGCACGACCAGCUGGGACAAAAUCAAAUUAUGCGGCGCCGAUUUUUGCGUUCUUAACAACGGAGGCCACGAGAACCUGGAACGGCCUCCGGAGUCGGAGAUUUACGAAAUCUCCUCGAUCUACCUCACAUGCGUCAUCGUCGCAGUGAUUAUUGUCGCGCUGUUCGUCGAUCCUCUCUCCAGGUACGGCGAGAAGCAACGACGUUCGGACAGCCAAGAAUUGAGCGGCAUUCAAUUGCUCUCCGCUACGGCUUACCAGCUGAAAAAGCCUUACCAGCAACUGCUGAUACCCAUCACGGUAUGGAUCGGUAUGGAGCAGGCUUUCAUCGGCGCCGAUUUCACACAGGCGUACAUCUCCUGCGCCCUGGGUGUCCACAGGGUCGGCUACGUCAUGAUCUGCUUCGGGGUGGUCAACGCCGGCUGUUCGUUGCUAUUCGGCUCGCUAAUGAAAUUCGUCGGCCGACAGCCGCUGAUGGCACUGGGCGCUAUCGUUCACGCCUCCCUCGUCGUCGUUCUUCUCAUGUGGAAGCCUCACCCCGACAAUCCCUACAUCUUUUACUCGGUCUCGGGACUGUGGGGCGUUGGCGAUGCCGUGUGGCAGACGCAGGUUAACGGACUGUACGGCACGCUGUUCAGGCGCAACAAGGAGGCGGCCUUCUCGAACUACAGGCUGUGGGAGAGCGCCGGCUUCGUGAUCGCCUACGCGUACAGCACGCACCUCUGCGCCCGUAUGAAGCUGUACGUGUUGCUGACGGUGCUGAUCACCGGCACCACGGGCUACAUCAUCGUCGAGCUGCUGCACAGGCGCAAGCAGCGACGGCUCAAAGCGAUCGCCGAGGACCCGAAGGCCGCCCAGGCCGAGGCGAAUCAGCCCGAGGAGACCGACGACGAGAAGGACGAUCUCGACGACGAGAUCAUUAUUACCCACUUGUGAGCAAUAGUCGAACAUAGUCCUUUCUCGUUAAGAGUCUCCACGCAUUUGCGUUCGCGCCGCUCUCUCGUCCUGUCGACGGCGAAAUCGAGACGACGGUCGGAAGAUUUGGUCGAUUGAUUGCGCGGGUGUCUUUCCUCCCGUUAUAACCGACGAAUCCUUCCGUCUAUUGUCCUUUCGCAUUUGUCAUUCCCUCGAUCCUCCCGAUAGACCCGCGUUGAGAUCGGUGUGCGACCGCGAUGCUCUUCUCCGUCGACGAUACGGAUGAGAAAAGCGUGCGCAUUUAGGCGGCGAACCGAUAUCGUCCUCGGGAUAACGCGCACGCGCGCGCGCAGGAAGCAGAUUUGUGCUCGCGUCGCGGGGGGUCAGAAUUAGGGACCAUGUGCGCACCAUUUACAAUGAAGUAGAAAUGUCGACUUCAUCCCGCGAUCGAGACACCCUCGAAGGAGACGCCAGGCUGCACAAUCUGGCUUCCAUCCUCCUCGGCGAGAUCAGAACGAGUCAAUGAUCAAUAAGUAAUACAUUUAUCAGUACUUGUGAUGCUAAGGAACACAUAAUGGACGUAGAAAUCGCUCUUGUGCAACUAGGAAUAUAGGAUUCCCGCCAUCGUUUACGUUAAGCUAUCGAAAUUAGCAACAACGAGAAAAAUUGUUCCGACGACGGCGUUUUCAAUUCCCGCCAUAGCGAUUAGUAACAGAGCGAUCAGCGGAAGUAGCGUGCGAUAUCGCGCGAAGACGAUAAGCGCGUUUUGUUGUGUGCAAUUCGUGUGUGCGUUUGUACGGCACGCGUGGAGAACAGUUUGGUAAUCGAGCACAGAGUGCUCAGUUUGUAUCAUAUUUAUUACAUACAGGACUGUCUCGUGACGAACCGAAAACGGCGAUUGUUAUUCGUUAUUGUGAAUCUUUUGAGAAGAAUAAUUAAAGACAAAAACAGAAUUGUUUUAUUUUUCAAAUCUCAAAGAUAAUCCUAAAAAUUCUAUUCUUAUUCAAAUUAAGAAUAAAUAUUCCGUCGUGUAAAAAACAAUCAAACAAUCGUCGUACGUCGGGAAACGGCAACACAAUCAAAGAAUGCCGUAUCAAUCACGUUGACAGUCAAAAUCCUUCACAUUUUUCUUGCGAGAGAAGCACGCGAGACGUCAGUGUGGAUCUUAUAUUAAAACAGUAUUUUCCUUCUCGGAAAAAUAGAUGGAUCGAAAGGAAUAAAGAGAUUUAUUCUGCGAAGUUUAAUUUUUUUUAAUUUUAACUUAUAAAUAUUGUUCUCUAAUUGUGUUUUAUUUUCUCUUUCUAUUUAAGAAUGUUAUUUUAAUUAAAUAAAAAAUUGUUAUUUUUCGCAGACAUUAAAGUGAAUCUUCUUUUUAGAAGAAAGAAGAUUAUUUUAUGGAACAAAACUCUGUCGAUUUCUGUCUUUCGAUUUAUUUCCCGCAGGAAUUUUAUCGCGUGACACUUUUUUGUUCGUUCUUAAAUCAGGCGUAAGAAAAAGGCGCGAGGAACAUAUCACGUUAUUAUAAACCACUUGGAUGCGAUUGUCCUAUCGUACGGUAGCUCAAGAGUCUACAAAGGGAAACGUAAGCUUAGGAUUUGGAUGCAAUCCUAGCGAGAUGCUAUUCUUGCAAGUCGUCGUGUCGAUAGAAUGUUGAUCAUCUCUCUGAUUAAAAUCGCAAAACUAUAAAAUAUGAAUAUUUAAUGCGUUAUGUGGGCAUGCGAAACAAAGAAUGAUUACGAGGCUUCUAUAUUUUGUCGCACGAUUACCCGCGAAAAGAUAGCCGGUACGUGAGAAUAUUAAAAACUCGCCAUAUCUAUCGCAUUGACAGUUCACGAGACUGUAAUUAUUUUCUGGAAAUUCUGCUGAGUUUUCUGAUGCGUAGAAAUAAAAAAAUAUUUUCCGCAACUGAAAAAAUAUUUUAGAAUCUGAAUUCAGAGCGUAACGUUACACGAUCGACGUCGUAAUGUUAUCAACUUCUUCAAAUUUUGCGAAGCUCAUAAAACGCUGCGAAAAUUGAGACUAUUUUCUUAGUGUAGAAUUGUCGUAAAACCAAAUAUUUCAGCCUGUUCCACAUUCAGUAAUUAUCGCGCAGUCCAUGGAUUAAUUGCAUGCGCACUCUUAUCCGGCUUUUACGCGCUUCCGUCGUGCAUUUUGCACGUGUUCUCGGAGCAAUGCGAUAAACCAGUGCGCGACUCCAAUCACGUUGCGUCCGCGCGACCACUUUUUCUCCACGGCGGCGCGGCGACCAGAACGGGACAGGCAAGAAAGCCGGAGACAGGAAACUCGCGAGAUUCUUGUCCUACGAGCGGGAUAUAUUCAGCCCUGAGAGUACCGGCCGCCUUUAUUUAUAACACUCGCGGUGUUAAUCCGUCCAUCCGACACCGCGCCGUACUCGCUUCGCAUCGCAUCCGCGUGUCUUGUUUCCUUUUUAUUAUUUGCCCGCGUUCGUCUCGUUCGUUUUUCCGUUUUUUUCUUGUCGGUGAGAACUCGUCCUGUCGGCGCGGCGCGAUACCUCGCACGAUCGGCGCCGCCGCCACCGUGAAGAAAACAGCGUAAUGACGGCGUUGAGAAGCCGCGAACGGAACGCGCCAUGUAACGUUUUGUUCGCUUUUGCCCGCCAAGUUUUACGCACGUCGUCGAUCCUUUCCCUUCUUUCAUUCGUCUCCUUGCUCUCUUUUUCUCUCGUCUCUUCAAUGCCGCGAAAAGUAUUACGCUUCUCGGUGGAGCCGCGCUGUAUUCUUCUUAUCCGUCGCGGCGAAUUCCUCGCGUCGCCUCCGCUGAAAUCCUGAAAGCGGAAUGAAUGUAAAUUACUUGCGCUAUUAAACACGGUAUUAAUCGCGCUAAUAAAGUGACGACCGGUCUCGCGCUAAUAGUUUCUUCGCGUAUUUCACUCGACGAUGCACGUAUGAACUGUGCUUGAAGGGGAAUGAAACGAUAAAAAAUCGAGGCACCGUAAACUGUUUUUAUUGAUCGCAUUUUAAUUGAAACCCGACGAUGACUGUUUGCGUAAAAACGGCGUAAACAUUUAUUAUGCAUGUUUUAUUUAAAAAUAUACAACGGACUCUGAGAGAGAAAAAUGUUCUUAAAAUAACUUCAAAGCAAUGUCGGAGAGUUGAUACGUUCUAUCGCACACGAUACACACAUUAUAUCUAUGCCUUAUUAUAUACAGAACGUCUGGUUUCGUAAUCGCAUCGAGAAUGAAUGGGCGCGUUCAGCAGAACAAAUCGCUUGGUAGCAAUCGAACAUGAUUGGCUCUUACUUUUAGAACCAACAAAUCAACAGUCGAGAUUCAACGGAAAGUCUACAACUGUUGAGUCUGCUGAACGCAGUCAAUUUUCCUGUAUCGCUGUGUUUGCUCCAUCCUAUUCCCUCUUUGUUGUAUCGUGAACAUUAUAGAUUUAAGUAGCUUAUGUGAUACAGCAGUGGCGGAUGAAUGAGAUUAGCAGUGGAAAAAACCGUCCAACAAAAGUAUAUUGAUAGCACACAUAACUAAUUGCUUCCUAGCGAUUAGAAGAAUUGCCUUGAAGCCCGCUGCGGUCCGAUUCGCCCGCGACUGCUGUAUGUAUUAAUAUUGCAAUUAAGUAACUUUACAGCACGAGACACGUGAGCGAAUGAUGGGGAAAUUUAAGCAUCGAGAAUUCGCGAUGAGAAGGGCAGCGAGCGUGCCCGGGACAACUGUACAGUUCUCGAAGGAGCACCGAUUUGUUGAACUUUAAAAGGGACUCACACGAAUCACAAUUUGCACGUUGAAUGCUUCAAGAAAAAGACAUGGUUUUAACGGGGACCACGCUCUAACAUACAUUAAACCUGUGCGAGAUUAGACUUCCUAGAUGUUACUGAAGGAUAUUUAGAUAUAUAAAUAUACAUAUACCUAAUUGUUUACGAAACGAUAGAUAUAUAUAUACAAAAGAUUUCAUCAUUCGGGCCAGCAACACUGGGACCAUUCUGGUUUACGUUGUUUCCGCUCUUAUUGAGAUUUGUAAAUAUUCAACUACAACUAGUAUUAGUCGCUAGGCAUAAUUGCGUAAAACGGAAAGGAGCAACUGGACGUUGCUUUACAUAUCGAGCAAAGUCUUUUCAACGUUGUUUUCUGUUAUUUUUAUUUAACUGCGUUCAUGCGCGCCAGAAAGGUAAACAAAUACUAUUUCUUUUUCUUCUUAAGAUUAUUAGAUUAUUUUGUUCUCUUCUUUUAUUCUUGUUCUAUACUCGUCCUCUUGUGUUUCUCCGAAGCACUAUACUUAUUACGUUUUAAGUACGAAGAGUGUAUGGAAGAGUGUCAUACAUUUAUAUUCGCUACUCUUCCGACACGCAUGAACGCGGUUGUUAUACAUAUAUCCUUAAAUAAGCUAAGGGAAUCCAGUGUAUUUACUAAAUUUGUUGUUUUAUCUUACGAAGAUGAAAGAGAGAUCACGGCACGCCGAUCGUUGUUUUUUGACACGUCCGGCAAAUUGUACAGUAUAUAUUAUUAUAUGUUCACUACUUAUUAUACUAUCGCGUUUUGAUUGUUAUCGUACAUUAUGAUGACACGCUGAUCAUAGUUACAAUCAUUGUUAUAUCGUCAGAUAUUGCUGCUAUAUAGUUAAUAAUAUAUUAUAUAUAUAUAUAUAUAUAUAUAUAUAUACAUAUGACCGACACGUAAUGUUACAUAACAGUAAGGAGCAUUUUAUUAAAAUUGUC